AUGCUGCGAGAUCUAUGGUUCGCCGUCGCAACGGCAUUCACUCUUGUACAGGCAGAUCGCGGACCGUAUUUUCAGUCGAGCCGCUUUGAGGAUGGGGACCUUGGGCAAUGGCCCACGGAGACAUAUCGUUCAUCUGCUCCGAUGGGCCCCAUAUUGAACUACGUGGAGUCCAAUCCUCAAUGCAAGGAUGGGCAAUACACCUUGAUUGCGCCCCGUGGAAUGGCGGUGCGAAAUCCGGGGCCCAUGAUCAUCGAUCAGGAUGGUCACCUGGUGUGGACCAAACACUACGGCCAGACGUACAACGUGAACGUGUACAGAUACAAAGGCCAGGACUAUCUUACAUUCUGGGUGGGUAACGAUGGGAUCGUUGGUCAUGGCGACGGGACAUACUACAUGUUAGAUUCGGCCUAUGAGGAGGCGUAUACGAUCCGGGGAGCCAACGGCCUGCCAGCAGACCUCCACGAGUUCCAGAUCACUGGUCAUGAAACCGCCCUCUUCACGGUCUACGACGUCGUCCCCGCGGAUCUACGGUCCGCAGGCGGCCCAGAAAAGGGCUGGAUAUGGGACGGCACGUUCCAAGAGGUCGACAUUGAGACCGGCCAGCUGCUCUUCCAGUGGCGCGCAUCCGAGCACUUCAACCUAACCGACAGCUACCGCGGCCGCGAAGGCGCCGGCGACUCCGAAGACCAUCCCUGGGACUUCUUCCACAUCAACAGCGUCGACAAGGACGCCAAGGGCAACUUCCUAGUGUCCUCGCGCUACAUGAGCUGUCUCACAUACAUUGACGGCCGCACAGGCAACAUCAUCUGGCGCCUCGGCGGCAAGCAUAACGACUUCCACGACCUCUCUGCCGGCGCCGCCACAAACUUCACCUGGCAGCACCACGCCCGCUUCCACGACAACGGCUCGGCCAUCACCCUCUUCGACAACGCCUCCCGCGGCGACGGCUCCCCGCGCCUCACCAGCCGAGGCCUCUACCUCGACGUCGACACGCGCCAGAUGACCGUCAGCCUCCGACACGAGUACUGGAACCCCCACCCCAUCAGCAGCCAGUCCCAGGGGUCUGUCCAGCUCCUCAACACCGGCAACGUCCUGCUAGGCUACGGCGCCAACGCCGCUUGGACAGAGUACACCACCGCCGGCGACGUCCUCUGCCACGUCCACUUCGGCCCGGCAUCCGCGUUCGGCGCAGGGAAAAUCCUCUCCUACCGCGUCUUCAAACACCGCUGGACCGGCCUCCCGCGCACGAACCCGGCUCUCGCCCUGUAUCGCCACGAAGCAGCCGUCAGCUGGAACGGAGCUACAGAGGUCGCGACCUGGGUCCUUCAGGGCUCCGACAUGCGCGAACCCAACAAGGAAGACGAGUCAAUAACUUUCCUCACCGCCGUCCCCAAAUCCGGCUUCGAGACUAUUAUCAGCAUUCCGGCGCAGACAUCCCAGAACUACCUGCGCGUUCUUGGCCUCAACGCUACAGGCCAGAUCCUCGGCGCGACAGCAUGGUUGCACUGGGAUCCGGAGUCUGAGGAAGUCGCCCUCGGCCCGGGUAACAGGGACAGCGGCAACGGCUCCUCCUCCUCCUCCUCCUCCUCGUCGAUCGAUGUCCGCGCGUUCCUGUUCUUUGCUUUUGGGUUCUCCUCUGCUGUUUUCCUGGCUGUGUGUGCGUGGUUUGUCUGGCGGCGGUUCUGGACUCAGGAAGAUGACCGGGAAUGGGAACGGGAACGGGAACGGGGUGGGUGGAAGCCUGUUGAUGAGUUCAAUGGGGAUGAGCAUGAUCUUAGCGAGGUGGAGUUUGAGGGAAUGGAGUUAUCGUUGUUGCAGGGUAGGCGGUUGUCGCGUUCGGAUUCGGGAGGGGAGUUUGAUGGUUGA